CGCCAUUGUCAUGGAGACCGCGGGCACUCAGAGAGGGUCUUAGAGGAGCGCUGCCUUCACGGGCUCACAAGCAAGAUGCAUCGCCGGGGCUGUAAAGUCUCUGAAAAGCGAAGACACUUGAACAACCACCUCAGUGGGCAGCAGGACCAGGCGCUGACCGGCAGGAUCUACCUCCUCCGAGAGAUGGGCCCCACCGGCUUCCUGCUGAGGGAGGAGGAGCCGGAAAACAGGGAUUUCCGAGUUUUUUUAGGAAAUCCUCAUGUUUGUAACUGUUCCACAUUUCUGAGAGGAGGGGAACUUUGUAGGCAUAUAUGCUGGGUCUUGUUGAAAAAAUUCAAGCUUCCGAGAAAUCAUGAAUGUGCUUUGCAAUUAGGUCUUGUGGAAGGAGAAAUCAGUGACUUGCUUCGAGGGCUACAUCGGGUCCAAACUCCACAACAAGGAACAAAUGAUGAAACUGUGCAUUUUGAAGAAGAUGGGUACAUUAAACAGAAGGAAAUUGGUUCAGAUGAUAUCUGCUCUAUUUGUCAAGAAGUCCUUUUAGAGAAAAAACUUCCUGUCACAUUUUGCAGGUUUGGCUGCGGCAACAGCAUUCAUGUAAAAUGCAUGAAGAUCCUAGCUAAUUAUCAGAAUAUGGUAUCAAGUGCUUCCAUGUUGAAAUGUCCUUUAUGUAGGAAAGAGUUUGCGCCAAUAAAACUUAUUUUAGAGGAAUUCAAAAACUCUAGCAAACUUGUGACUGCAGCUGAAAAAGAGCGACUGGACAAACACCUUGGAAUUCCCUGUAAUAACUGUAAACAAUUUCCAAUUGAAGGGAGAUGUUAUAAGUGUAACGAAUGCAUAGAAUAUCACUUAUGCCAGGAAUGUUUUGAUAGCUCCUGCCAUCUUUCUCACCCCUUUUCAUUUCGUGAGAAGAGAAAUCAAAGAUGGACAUCACUAGAAAAAAAAUCAGAUGGAAUUGUAAAAUAUGUAGGUACUAAAAAUGAGACAGAAGAAAAGAUGCCACAUUUUCAAGGAAAGCAAGGCAAUGUUUACACACCAAAACAAGUGAUAAAGUCAUUGCCUCUCUUACUGAUUACAAAGAAUAGUAAGCUGCUUGCUCCAGGCUACCAGUGUCGACUUUGUUUGAAAGCAUUUCGUCUUGGUCAACAUACAAGAUUGCUACCGUGUGCUCACAAGUUUCAUAGGAAAUGUAUUGACAGGUGGUUAUUCCACAAAUGCAAUUCAUGCCCUAUUGAUGGACAAGUUGUAUAUAACCCUUUAAUCUGGAAAGGAGCAGCAGUAAAUGGACACACACAUCAGUUCAUUUCAAACACAAACACCAUUCAUCUGUCAAAACAGGAAGAACGAGAACUUUUCAUUCCUGGUACUGGAUUAGUCUUAAAACAAAAUAGAGUUGGAAUUUUCCCUAGCAUACCUCAACACAAUUCUGAAAAGUUGAAUGCACCUGAAAGUCCAACAGAUACCUAUCAGAAUAUAACAAUAGAUGAUCUAUUCUCCAUCAAGUUAGAUGAUUCAAACUCAAGAAAAUUAAUCUAUGAAUGUAAAAUUAGCCAACAUUUUCCCAAGUAUCUUCAAGAUUCACCCACUGGACCCAUUGGAAAAAUAUCAUCUCAAACAUUUCUUCCUUCUAUUACUCAUGAGAAUAUUAUAUGUCCCACUGCAAUGGAAAGCCCAUGUAUCAAUGAAAAAUACCACACUAGUCAAAGCCAGAAGAUGGCCAAGGACUGUAAACCUAUUAACCACAAUCCAGAGAAGACUCUUGGUGCUAGAAUAAAAGAAGACAAGAAGAGAUCAAAUACUUCACUACAAGAAGAUUCAAAUCUUAUUGUCAGUUGUGGUACAAGUAAAAUUAGUUUGUCUGAAAGAUACAAGAAUUGUAUGAGAAAAAUUAGACAAAAAUACAAUCUGUCAAGAGCUGGAUCUCACCCUUAAAUACAAAAAGUACUGAGCUAUCUUUAAUAUUGGAAGGAGAUCAGUUAUGAAGAUGCAUUUUUUAUUAACAUCAGAAAAUGUUUGAAUCCUAAACAUAAAAAUGUUUCACUUGUUCAUGUAUACAUAAACAUCGUAUACUCUUGACAAAUGUG